AUUGAUUUCAGCUGGGCAACGCGAUGGAUGAGCCGCUCCUGUUUCAUUCACCGGGAGACCAAUUAACCCACCUUCAUGAGGUGCUGGGAUGCGAGAUACUGCAAGCAAAAAAGGCGGAAGGGUGCGUUUAAUCCGUCUGCGGAUCCUGUGAGCUUGCCAUGGCUGUGACGGGGACAUGCAACUGGACAGGGAGGAAUGUGCCUUUUUAUUAUUUCGUGCUGUUCUCCUUAUUUUGUGGCCUUGGGUUUGGACAGCUGCGGUAUUCGAUCACAGAAGAACUGGAAAACGGAGCUCUGGUAGGUGAUCUGGCGCACGAUUUGGGGCUGGAUAUUCGAAGGCUCUCCACCCGAAAAAUCAAGUUAACCUCCAGCAGCGGGAAGCGCUACGUGAUUGUCAAUCCCAAAAAUGGGAAACUGCUCGUCAAUGACAGGAUCGACAGAGAGGCGCUGUGUGAUUUGUCUAGCACCUGCCUCAUUAAUCUGGAGGUGAUGGUAGAAAACCCCACAGAGGUGCACCACGUCGAGGUGGAGAUUGUGGAUGCAAAUGACAAUGCGCCGCAGUUCCCCAGAGACGAGUAUCAACUGGAAAUAACAGAAUCGGCUAUGCCAGGUUCCCGUUACCCAAUUGAAAACGCUCAAGAUYCAGAUAUUGGGUCCAAUUCUGUCCGCAUGUAUCAGCUCAGCACAAACGAGAAUUUCGCGCUGGUGUCAAACAAACCUUCAAUCAACACAAAGCACAUAGAGCUAGUGCUCAAAAAGCCCCUUGAUCGCGAGCAGACGCCUUACCACCAGUUAAUUCUAAGUGCUGUAGAUGGCGGAAUACCUGAAAAAACAGGGAUGGCCAAAAUCAACAUCCGGGUCCUGGACUCAAACGACAACGUUCCGGUGUUCGACAACUCGGUGUACAAGGUGAAACUGUUAGAAAACUCCCCCAAAGAUACCCUGGUGAUAAAACUGAACGCGACUGACUUGGAUGAAGGCACAAAUGGAGARGUUUAUUACUCUUUCAGCAGCUACACUCCAGAGAGAGUCAGACAGAUGUUCAGCAUGGACACCAAUACAGGUGAAAUAAGAGUGAGGAGCAACGUCGACUAUGAGGAGACCAACUCUUAUGAGAUGUACAUCCAGGCAAUGGAUAAGGGCCCAGGUGCAGUUGCAGCCCACUGUAAGGUGGUUGUAGAGGUUGUGGAUGUGAAUGACAAUGUCCCUCAGAUAGUGCUGUCAUCUCUCUCGAGCCCUGUGAGGGAGGAYGCCCGUGCAGACACAGUAGUGGCCCUYAUUAGUGUCACUGAUCGAGACUCCGGCACUAACAAGCAGGUUACCUUAGAGAUCCCAGCAGGCCUUCCAUUCAAGAUCAAGUCAUUCAGAAACUACUACACCCUGGUUACCUCAGCUUUCCUGGACCGCGAGACCACUGAUGCCUACAAUGUCACUCUGAGUGCCACRGACGGAGGAAACCCUCCCUUAUCUUCCCAGAAGACCAUACAGGUGGAUGUGGCGGACGUUAAUGACAACCCGCCACGCUUUGAGCAGACUUCAUACACAGUAUAUGUGAYUGAGAACAAUGCCCACGGGGCCUCUUUGUGUACUGUGAAAGCUCAAGAUGCGGACAUCAAGGAGAACGCACGCAUCACCUACACAGUGCUCAAUGACAACAACCACGGCAUUCCUGUCACCUCAUAUGUGUCUGUGAAGGCCGAUACAGGGGAGGCUUAUGCCCUGCGAGCCUUCGACUAUGAGUCACUGAGAGAGUUUCAUUUCCAGGUCAAAGCCCAGGAUGGGGGCAUUCCUCCGCUCAGCAGAGUUGCUACCGUCUACAUCUAUAUAAUGGAUCAGAAUGACCAUGCUCCACUGAUAGUCAGUCCUCCUGGCAAUGGRACACGCUCCCUAGAGACGGUACAAAAGAAUGCAGAGCCUGGUGCCUUAGUGACAAAAGUGGUGGCAUAUGACGCAGAUGCUGGUCCAAACGCUUGGCUGGUCUACGUGCUGGAGACUGCCACUGACCUGGACCUUUUCAAAGUGCACGAGCACACCGGAGAGAUCCGGACCACUCGAAGGAUCCURGAGGACAACUCCACUUCUUUUGCUCUAACAGUUGUGGUGAAAGACCACGGUGAGCCAAUUCUCUCCUCUACGGCCACCAUCAACGUGGCAGUCAUGGAGGUGGCACCGAAAGUGGCACCUGAUACCAAGAAAGUCAUGCGACCUCAUACCACAUGGUUUMUGUCAAAUGUGACUCUGUACCUUAUUGUGGCUUUGASUGCCACAACGUUUGUAUUCCUGGUCACUGUGGUGGUGCUCGCCAUUGUCCGMUGCCAUGCCUACUGCUCACAGCCAGGUUCAUGCUCCCCUUGCUGUGGGUCACAGAAGCCUCCUCCAGAUGGCGGGAGCAGCAGUGUCAGUGCAGGYGGGGGAGCAGGUGSAGGGGCCCCGGGACAGCCUAAUAACAACGUUGUGCUUCGAAGAGACCUCAAAGUGGAACCUCAUUACAUCGAGGUGCGUGGGAAUGGUUCCCUGACAAAAACGUACUGCUACAAGACCUGCUUGACCGCCACCUCUGGCAGCGACACCUUCAUGUUCUACAACACGGGCCGGCCUAUCAGCGGCACCUGGGGUAGUGGCGCUGACCGUUUCUUCACUAGUGGAAGUGGAUUUGUAAGGAGACUGAGUAUGCCUGACGCCUCACUUCAGAUAUGCCCAGAGCCAAAGGCCCCGAAUGCUGACUGGCGAUACUCUGCAUCUUUGAGAGCAGGGGUGCAGAGUUCUGUCCACAUGGAGGAGUCUUCGGUGAUGCAGGGUGCCCAAGGGAUGCUGGUGCAGAACUGGCCUACUGUAUCCAGUGCUGCAGAUGGAGAGGGCGGCGGGGAGCUCUCUCCCCCGGUGGGGGCUGGAGUCAACAGCAACAGCUGGCACUUCCGAUACGGCGCUGGACAAAGCUACAUCCCUCCUCAGCCUCUGAAACCUGGAGAGAUUCCACCAGAGGCCUUCAUCAUCCCCGGAUCUCCAGCCAUCAUCUCCAUCCGCCAUGACGCGGGCCCUGUGGACGACAAGGGCGACUUCAUAAGCUUCGGCAAGAAGGACGAGGCCAAGAAGAAGAAGAAGAAGAAGAAAGACAAGAAGGACAAGAAGGAUAAGGGGAAGGAUGACAGCGGGGAUGAUUAGAGGAGAAGGAGGUGACCAAAAAGCAGAGCUACCCAGUUAAUCUACCGUACCAGUUUCAGAGCCAGAAAAAUAAACCAAGUGCACAAUAUAACCAAGGGGUCUCCCUUGUGCCAUGUUUGCAUAGACCUUGUACAGUGGCCAAAGGCUCGUUUGAUCAGCCUUGGCUCUCGCAUUAACCGAACAACAAAUACUCCUAAUCCAAAAGGCUGGACCAAAUUGAAACGAAAACCAAUUUAUUCGUUAGCGUAGCUUUACUGUGAUUUACCAUCCACUCCCCCCAAGCCGCUAUCUGCUUUGUACAUUUGACAACAGAAACGCGCCGUAGAUGGCGCUCUAUUUGUAUCCGACCUCUGUCAGCCGAAGCAGCUGAUGUCAACGUCUCCGGCGCUCUUAUUUCUUGCCAAGCCAACGUGAAGCGAAAGCCAAACAGAAACUAACAAAACGAUUGAAGUAGAAGCUUUCGCCUCCAGUAUCACAGAGGGCUUAUAGGAAUUCAGAACAUGAAGUCUUUUGUAAAAAAAAAAAAAAAGAAAACAAAAGGAAAAAAAGCAAAAAGUUCUAAUAUUUCCUAUGUAUCUUUCAUGAGAUAAGCACCUUUGAGAGAAUGAGGAGGACGAGAGUAGCUGGAGCACGCUUUGACAGAGCUGUGUCUUAAUGGAACAGCACAUUGGACGGACGGGCUGAAGACCUGCACCGGGUCGCAGUAGCUGUCCCGCGAGUUUGUCCCCAGGUUAGUUUAUAAGCAAGGGGCUGCAUAACUCCUACUUCAUUUGGAAUUAGUAAGUUAUUGAAAUUGAUUGUACAGAGUUAGUUUUAUGAGUAUUUUGUCAGCAAUAGCAAUAUGUUGCUAUGGUAAUUGUUAAAACAGAUAUAUGCGACUAGACUGAUGGGGAAAUAGUAUAAUGGUUAAAAGAUAACAGAACUGUUUUUGUCCAUUCUCUUCCAGUUAUUCUUUGCUAACAAUUUCCCAAAGCUGCUGUGAUUUUUAAUCCUAUUUGUUUUAUUUGUGUGUUUUCUUCUUUGGACUGUUAAACGUGCUUAGUCUCAAAACUCCCGGAAGUGAGCAGAGCUUGUGGGUUUACUGCCUUAAAUUUAUUUACAGUUAAUAAAAAAUAUGUUUUUCUCUUUCAAGCUUAUGCUAAAUGAACUAUAGUCUGAAAAUGAAUAACAUCAGGGAUUAAUGGGUAUACCUCCAACCCCUAGGUGGCAGCAGAGUGGGAUAGGCAUCGACUGUCACUAAUAGGAUACGUAUGCCACCUCGGUGGCAUUAAGASUGAAAUUUAUUUCAGGCGAAGUUUUUGCUACAAGGGGUUGAACGUUUUUCACGUUUUGUUGCAUAAACAUUUUGCCCCUGUUGUAUUUUUAACAAAUCUAAAAAAUAGACGAGAUACUUCAGAGCCAGCAUUUCAAGCCAAUUCUUUUUUUCAUUUUUUCAUUUUGGCUUAAACACAGCAUCUUAAGCUAAUUGUCAAAGCAAUAAUAUUUUGCCAGAUUCGAAGGAAAUAUAAACAAAAUGCUGACCUUUAGCUGGUUGACAGUGAAAGAUAAUCUGUAGAAAAUGGACAGAAACAUAAAAACGCACAUCUAAGGGUUUUUUGCUAAAUUGCUAAUGCGAAAAUGUGCUGUUUGCAAACAAAAAAGGGAAAAAAAUGCUACUUUACUGUUCGUGAGUGCAGUUGUGUGAUUAUGUAUCAUUUGCACUUGCUUUAUUGCUUGCCUAAUUAUAUAGUUGUUCCAUAGGGUAACGCUGAAUCAGAUUGUUGUGGUAUUGCUUGUCAAGCGGGAAUUGGAAAUAACUAGGGAACCUACAUGCAGCUGAUGCGGACGGCCUCCAAACUUUCCUCUUAAAACAUGGCAAGGUUCAAUAUGGUCUUAAUAAUACACCCACUCACACUAAAAUUCUGACUCUUCUUGCCUCACACAUAGAAAAAAAACCCCAACAACAAACACUGUCUACCAAACAGGACACAUAAAAGAAAAACCAAGCUCAAACCAAGAACCCACACUACUUCCCGGCAGCUAAAGAACUGAAGGCCAGUGCUUAAUAAAAGAGUGUAUUAUAYGGCUCGGAAGCAGAAAGGUUGCUUGUCGCUUCAUUUCUGUUCAAGCCCCGAUCCCUCCGCUUCUGUCUUUGAAUGUUAAGUAGUUGUUCUUCAAGCUCUGCACCACUGCCUCGACUGCUUCAGUGCUUGUAGGAUUUGCUUGCCCCCGCUGCCUGUUUCCUCCCUCGACUCCUCAGAUCUACAYGGUUUGGCCUCUUUCGAGUCACCCUCCUUCAGUGAACUGUGCAGUUGUAACAGCGUAUAACAUUUGUGUAUAUUCAUAUAGCCACACAUAGCGACGCAGGAAUGCAACGCAACACACUCGCAUUUACCGCCCCUUCCCUUCCCUUGGGUUCGGCUUCAGCUCAAAGCGAGCUUGGGCGCUUCUGCUGGCGACUCUCACCUUCCGACUGUUCGUUGUUGGCAGCUCUGUCSCCUCUUGCACGGGUUCCUGAGCUUGGCAUAGUGAAGACGCCUGAUGGGUUAGCAGGACCUCGGAUUAUGCUCUUCUGGAUGUGAUGGAGAGGCAAAAAGUGGAGACGGAGGGGAGCAAAAAGCCUGGGUCCAGUAGCAACGGAAAGCAAAAUCACUGGGCUACUUUUGUGCGAGCAAAGACGUUGGAGUUCCUCGAUAAGAGAAGAUCAACUUGGGUCGACUCAAAUCACUURCAAAGAGGGUGAAGCACAGUUUGUCGCUAAUGSAAACGGACUAAGGUUUUGAUUCUMUUAGAGAUGGGGUUGGGAGUUGGGGGAGGGGGUUCAAACUAACUGGGGGUGAAACUGUUUUGUUGUGCAGUCAUUGGUGGUCAUGUAAAAAAAAAAAAAAAAAA